AUGACAGCAAUCCCAGAGAGCCUCCCGGACCUGGUCGCGAGCCACAUGAUGAGAAUCACCCUCUCCAAUGCAGCCAUCUUUGAAGCGGACUGUAGCGUGUUGCUGCAAAGCGACGACCCAUGUUUCGUGCGAGCAGCUGAAGGGGCUGUGGCCGAUGCUGGAUUGCUUGUGGCAGGGCAGACAUUGCUUCCCACGGACCCCAAGGAGCGCCUCGCCAGGGCUCUCGAGGCAGGAAAAAAGAUCGCGGCGGUUGACUUCAAGGUCAUGGCGAUGUCCCUCGGUCAGAUGGCCAAAACCGGCGGUUGUUACUACUACAUGAUCAAUUGUUCCCCCCAGCAGAGGCAGCAAUGUGCAGCCGUCAUCGUGCACAGUCUGCUGGCGCCACAGCUGGUUGCUGUGAUCCCUUUGUACUAUCUGAACAAAAGCGGCCGACAGGCGCACGGGGAGACGGAAUCACGGUCCUUCACCGGCCGCAAGAUCCCCUACUUCGGCGAGGGUGUUGAGCCGUUUCCCCUGGAGUGGAGUCCCUUUGUGAUGCCGAUGGAAUUCGUGGGCCGUGCGAUGGGACAGCUUCGCCGGUUCGCCGCCGGGACAGUUGCGCGGUGGAAGAACCCCUACAACGACAUCGUUUUCGACAACUGUCCACGGCCACCCCUGGUGAGCCCGCGGGUGCUGCUACCCCCCGAGCAGUCGCUCCUGACGGACCACGCCUUUCUCGAGUCGCUGAGAUGUGCAUUUCGGAGCCACGGAGGCGAAUACCGGAUUGCCCCGCCGUGCGUCCGUGCGUCCAGCGGAGAUCUUGUUGUGACGCACAUGCCGUCGAGGACCCGGGCGAUGAUUGAGGUGAAGCGGCAGCUCCUUCGCUUCCCCGACAGCCGCACCAUCGAACAUGACGCCGAGUACUGGCACGGUCGUUCAGGGCAAGGCAUCUUCCACGCUUUCACCCCCUGGGAUUUCUUGCUGAGUACCGCAAGCCGGGAAGGGAAGGCGAUACUCAUCUCUCGCGACGACCUGCCUCGUGAUUGGUUCCAAGGACCGCCGAGCGUCACCCGCGCCGCAAGAUUCACGAAGGAGUUCCUCGAGCAGCACACUCUUCGAGAUAUCGAGGGUCUGACGAACCGGCAGGCCGGCGACCACGCUCGGAAGCGGCUCGCGCACGGGAUGAUCGCCAUUUUCGACCGAUAUCGACAAGACGGACGAUUCGAGGCGCGGACCAGGAUGGGCGUCCCCCCCACCCCGCCCGCCGGCGAGGGCGGGGCGGCGGAAGGUUCCGCGGUGCUUGGCGGUAGGGCCGCCGUGCGUGACUCUCCUCCGUCGGCGCCCGGCCGUCAGGAGAGCGAGGAGGCACGUGACGGCUGCGGGACCCUCUUUGAACGGCGCAUGUACCCUUCACGACAGGCGGCUCUACUAAACCGUCUUUGUGCAGAAAGCGAAAACUAUGCCGUCUACGAGCUCGGCCGCCAUCCUUCAGCGACACAUGUCUUCGCGCUUGGACGAGCCAGCAGCAUUGUGGACCUGCAUCCCGACACCCCGAUGAUCUACCUGAACUUUGCCCAGGUCGACAUGCUCCAAUUUCGACUUCAUGACAAGAGGAGACCGUCCUCGUUCUUUCAUGCGACUCACGGCAGGUCCAAAUCCAUCUUCAUCCUGAACCCCGUGCCGGACGAUCUCGACGGACCUCCGCACGACUACUUUGUCCUGCCUUCUGAAGCGUUGGACACUGAAAGCCGACGGAGACUGAACGACGAGCAGUUGAAGCAAGAGCCUUGGCGAACAUCCAGACGCGCGACGUGGCUCACGCUGAACAAUGGCGAGCCUCUCUUUGUCUACCGGACCGCGAGGCGUGACCUGGAGGCGACCUUGCUGCGGGUGUUUCGGCAGCCACUUGAUCGCCAGGACGUGUUCCUGGGCGACGAGAAAACGGGCUUGGGCACGAAGAUCUCGGUGCAAGAAUACGUCCAGACUCAGCGCGCCGUCCUGGAGGAGUACAUCUUGCUGCUGGAGGGGGGGUCGUUCCACCGCAGAGAGGAGGAGCCCUUUGAUGAGUCAUCCAGUGGGGAAUGUAGCAGUAGCGAUGAAAGCGAGGACGGUGGCGUACCGGUAUGA